AUCCUGGGCUGGUGACGUCAUCGAAGCGAGUGAGGCGGAGCUGCGGAAGGUGGGCGGGAGCCUGCCAACGGUUUUGAGUGUUGGGAAGGGCGCGAGAAGAGGGGUCGUUUGGAUCUUCGCCUACCGGGUCUCAGGGGGGGGAGGCAUUCCCUAGUUCCCUCCCACCUUGGCAAACUGCGGGGCUGAGGACUGGAGGUGUGGGGAGUAAUCGGAACGGGGUGAUCGAGGUAGGGAAUCUCAGGCUAGGCUGGAGCGCCUGAGCGUAUUUUUUAGGGCCAUCAGAGGGCGUGACUUGAGUGUUCACAAACUUUCUUUUGGGGUAGCAGAGAGGGAGGGAUUCUAGGGAGCCGUGCUCCGGCUUUCUUGCCCGGAGGGAUCGGAGGGGAUAUACCAGAGAGUUGAUCCUGGAUGGAACGGGUGAUGGGCGAAGAGGAGAGGUGGGGAGCGUGAGGUUCCUGCCUCGCUGAGACCGGAGCCAGUUGAGGGGCCAUAAGACAACUGGACGGAAAUUAGGCCCCUGUUGGAUUUGGGUCCGUUUCAGUUUGUGCAUUCUGGCUGGAUGUGAGAAUGUAAAAGCUCAGUGGACUAUGAGAGCCUGGCCCAGAAGUUGAACUGCAGCUUUCAGCGCUCCAGAGGAACUGCAGUGGUGCGCCUGCCCCGCAUUGUCUCUUCCCUGUACUCAUGGCAACAUCAGAUGCCAGCCCCAGUUCACCCCUACGGGCCAAGGACCUCCUGAGUGAGUCAUCAGAAGCCCCUGGGCUGAACCAAGUGUCCUCUGAGGUGACCUCCCAGCUGUAUACUUCUUUGCACCUCAGUCGUCAGGCAGAGAGCACAGCCCGAGCCCAGCUGUAUUUACCUGCCGCCUCCCCACCUCCCCAUGAGGUGUUGGAUGGCUUGGCCCAAGGACUGAGUCACAGCUUGUCAGUGGGAUUGGAGAACAACUUGAAGAAAAAGGAUGGUUCCAAGCAUAUCUUUGAGAUGGAGAGUGUUCGAGGUCAACUCCAGAGCAUGCUCCAGACCUCACGUGAUGCGGCUUAUCGGGAUCCCCCGACUCCAGGUGCCGACUCUGAGAGACGGGAAGAGGACUCCUUUGACAGUGACAGCACAGCCACCUUGCUUAACACCCGACCGCUGCAAGACUUGUCUCCAUCCAGCUCAGCCCAGGCCUUUGAGGAGUUGUUCCCCCGCUACACCAGUCUUCGGCCAGGGCCCCCGCUCAACCCCCCAGAUUUUCAGGGACUGAGAGAUGCACUGGAUUCAGAGCAUACUCGUCGCAAGCAUUGUGAGCGCCAUAUUCAGAACCUGCAGACCCGUGUCCUUGAGCUUCAGCAACAGUUAGCCGUGGCCGUGACUGCUGACCGAAAGAAAGAUAUCAUGAUUGAACAACUGGACAAGACCCUGGCCCGCGUGGUGGAGGGCUGGAACCGGCAUGAAGCUGAGCGGACAGAGGUGCUUCGGGGACUCCAGGAGGAACGGCAGGCAGCUGAACUCACUAGAAGCAAGCAGCAGGAGACAGUAACCCGCCUGGAACAAAGCCUUUCUGAGGCCAUGGAGGCCCUGAGUCGUGAGCAGGAAGGUGCCCGACUGCAGCAACGAGAAAAAGAGACACUGGAGGAGGAGAGGCAGGCUCUAACCAUGAGCUUGGAGCUGGAACAGCAGCGCUGCCAAGUCCUGCAGGAAGAACUGGAUGAGGCCCGGGCGGGGCAACUCAGUGAGCGUCGACAGUUGGAGACACUGCAGGUGGCCCUGGAAGAAGAAAGGCGGAGCUGGGCCCAGCAGGAGCACCAGAUGAAGGAGCGCUACCAGGCGCUGCAGGAGGAGAGCCAGGCUCAGCUGGAAAGGGAGAAGGGGAACAACCAGAGGGAGGCCCAGGCCGCCCGGGAGGCCCAGCAGCAGCUGGCCUUGGUGCAGUCUGAGGUGCGGCGGUUGGAAGGAGAGCUGGAUACAGCUCGGAGAGAGAGAGACGCCCUGCAGCUGGAGAUGAGCCUGGUGCAGGCCCGGUAUGAAAGCCAGCGGAUCCAGAUGGAGUCGGAGCUGGCCGUGCAGCUGGAGCAGCGGGUGACCGAGCGGCUGGCACAGGCGCAGGAGAGCAGCCUUCGGCAGGCAGCCUCCCUGAGGGACCAUCACAGGAAGCAGCUGCAGGAGCUGAAUGGACAGCACCAGCAGGAACUGUCCACUCAGUUGGCUCAGUUCAAGGUGGAAAUAGCGGAGCGGGAGGAGCGGCAGCAGCAGGUGGCUCAGGACUAUGAGCUCAGACUGGCCCGGGAGCAGGCGCGAGUGCGGGAACUGCAGAGUGGGAACCAGCAGCUGGAGGAACAGCGGGUGGAGCUGGUGGAGCGGCUGCAGGCCAUGCUGCAGGCCCACUGGGAGGAGGCCACCCGGCUGCUCAGCACCACCACCCUGCCGCCCCACCCCCCGGUUCCACCCGCCGGCCCCUCCAGCCCUGGGCCGCAGGAACCAGAGAAGGGGGAGAGGAGGAUCUGGAUGGUGCCCCCCAUGGCCGUGGCCCUGAAGCCCGUGUUGCAGCAGAGCCGGGAAACGCGAGAGGAGCUGCCUGGGGUUCCACCGCCUGUUCUCUGCAGCCCCUCCCCAGAUCUUAGCCUCCUGCUGGGCCCUACUUUCCAGAGCCAGCAUUCCUUCCAGCCGCUGGAGCCAAAGCCAGACCUCACGUCAUCUUCAGUGGAGGCCUUCUCUGCAGUUGGGACCUUCCAUCCGGAUCACCGGGCAGAGCGACCAUUCCCUGAGGAAGACCCUGGGUCUGAGGGGGAUGGCUUCCUGAAGGAAGGCCUGCCACCCCCUUCCCAGCUGCAGGGCCUCAAGCAUUUUUUGCACCAGCUGCUGGAGACUGCACCCCAGAGCCAUGAGAACCCCUCCAUCGACCAGCUUCCCCCUAAGCCUGGUCCUCUGACUGCCCCAUCUUGGGAGGAAACCCCUCAGGUGCCACGCCUCCCGCCCCCCGUCCAUAAAACUAAAGUUCCCUUAGCCAUGGCGUCCAGUCUUUUCCGGGUCCAUGAGCUUCCCUCGGCCCCUUCACAGAGCGGCGGUCCCAGCAGUGGCUCCCCAGAGAGAGGUGGAGAUGGGCCCACAUCCUCGAGGCAGCUGAUGGAAGUGUCUCAGCUGUUAAGACUUUACCAAGCUCGGGGCUGGGAGGCGCUGCCUGCUGAGGAUCUGCUGCUUUACCUGAAGAAGCUGGAACAUGGCGGCGGCGGGACUGACAGCCGAGGGGAAAAUGCCCCCAGAAGGAACACAGACUCCCGCUUGGGUGAGAUCCCCCGGAAAGAGGUUCCCUCCCAGGCUCUCCCUCGUCGCCUUGCUGUAGCCCCUAAGACUGACAAACCUCCCGCUCGGAAGAAAAGUGGGCACCCCGCCCCUGGUGGUGUGAGAAGUCGGGGGGGAAUCUGGAGAUAAGCCCUUCACCUUUUUUUUCCUUGGUCUCUUCUUAUUUUUAUUAUUAUUAUUUUAAUAAAUCUGGUAGUCUGUAUUAGAGUCUCUGACUCAUAGGCACUCAGAAAAGGGAGGAUUUCUAGGAAACCACUUUGUGAAGAAACCUCAUUCUUCUCUUUGAGUAUGUUUUUUAUGUUUCUAUUUCAUAUUCUGUGGAAAAAGACCUGACUGCUUUGAAAGAAAACAGUCUGUGGCUAGACUUCCGAAGUGUAGGUGAGCAAAGGCUCGGUGUUUCCAGAGUAAAACCUACAGAGUGGCUAGCUCUGGUUGGUUGUGGAAUUAUGGGACUCUUAUUUUCUUUUAUAUAUCUCUGUAUUUUCCAACUGUUCUGAAACACAUAUGUGUUACUAAUCAGAAAAACACUUUUAAUAAAAAAAAGUUAUUAUAUAAAGAGUUUGAGUAAAAAUGU